AUGCAGCACUUGAUCUACCAUUUCGCUGAGGCAGUGAUAGCAAAAAACAAAAAGAACUCGUUUGAGCAAUUCAUGCAGAUGAUCAAUGACGCCAUAAUUGUGCACUUCGACAAAAUACAGGGAAUUCCAUUCGGCGUGGAUUACCUUCGAGCCCUGGACGCUGACUUCUUGAUGGGAAUUGUUUAUCAACUGAUGGAUUAUGCUCCUCUUGUGCCGUUGAAAGCUCCUGAUGAAACGCUAAAGGCGACAGAACGGAUUCUGAAGAUCAUCAUUGAGAAUAGCCCAGGAGCCAAGUCCAGAGCCUAUUUUAUCCUGGCGGCGUUGCGCUAUUUCUGCAUUCGGAAUGGGAUGCAGCAGAUCGGAUGA